AUGCGCAGAUGUCGGCCUGUGAGCGGGCGUUCUUUACGCCGUGUAAUGUUUUUUAUCGCGGCUGUUUUUUUUAUCUGGGUUUUGGUUGUUGAUCUUAUCGCUGUUCGUUUUCGGUACAAUGACAGGGCGGUUGGUAGGCAACGUACGGCUGCUCGUCCCCGCGCGGACAUGGAGGAGCUUGACACCUACUCUUCGAUGUAUUGUGUGGGACAUCAAUUUAACGACCCACGCCGUGCCAGUGUGGCGCCUUCUUUUCACCCGGACGGGCCACGAAGUAGUGACGGCGGCGAAAUGGAUGCGGGGCGUGUGGAUAUCGUGUUGAAUGGCAUGUUUUUGCCGGACAAGACACACAAUGCAAGUUUGAAGGAGGAUGAUAUGAUGGGAUCCGCCGAUAUUUAUUACUACCCCAUUUAUAAUCGUACAUGCCUUUACAAAUUUGUGUACUUUGACAAGAAGAGGAAUAAAUUUUUCUUUUAUGUGCGGAACAUAUCGUCCUACCGUCGACUUCUGGCAAAGGGGAAGUUACGGCUACCACCGGUGUCGUUGGGUUCGAGACCGCUGGAGCUUCCCCGUACUGGGCUAAACUCUUUUCGACGGAAAUCGUACUGGGCCUUUGUUUACUCUCCAGUAGUUGUUUUGGGUCCACGUCCCCGUGAUGAGGCGAAGGGAGGGAAAUUGAGGCGACACGAAGAGGCCUCUGCACCCUACCAUAAUACGUUGGUGGCGUACUUUCUUCCAACUGCGUCGCCGUGGAAUUUUGCUCACACUCUUCUAUGUGAUCUGUUUGGUUUUUUUUGGGGUUCCAUGGAAAUUCAGCGAGCAUUUGCGCAUAUAUUCCCCUCUGAGAUGAAGUUUCUCUCAGAGGCUCUACCAGACGUGCAGCUUAUCGUUACUUCUUUCAGAUACUUUUCAAAAGAUAGGCUUCCAAAUUCCAAUAAGGCGUUUGCAUUUUUUUCUCGUCGACCGGCUAUAUAUGACGUGGCACUGCCUUCGGGUGUGUACCGUGGACUUCUCGCGGGCACAGGAACAAAAAGUUGGAGUUGGGUAACACCGUCAUAUUCGGCCAGUGGAUCUCCUUCACUGUGGUACUCUUUUCGAGACUACAUUAUACGCCACACUGGGGCGGAGCAGCGUCCUUACCGAAGAAAUUAUUCAUCGCCUAAUUCACUGCGUCCGCCGCGUGUAUCCAUAUGCCAUAAAGAAGAUAACCGUGGCAUUUUAAAUGAGAAGGAACUUCUUCGGUCUCUCCGAGAAAGAUUUGGUGGGGUGGAGUUUUUUCUGGAGACUCCUGUGGGCCGCGGUGCGAAGGAACAAGUGGAGAUGAUGUUGGCGACGGAUAUUUUUGUUUGUAAUGAGGGUACAUUGGCAACCGUCUUUUUUUUAAUGAACCCCGGAUCCGUGUUUGUGGCGAUUCCUCUUGUGUACCAUUCGCCACACCUUCACCAACGAAACAUGUCACAUCCGGACACAUGGUGGUCACGUCCAGAUCUUAUUCGUGUUGAUCCACGAUUCAACACUGGUGGAAAUAUCGACUGGUUUCCUCCGGCCAUUCCAUGGGUGCGCGUCACGUGGUAUAAUGAGAUUCCACUUUCCGAGGCAUCGAUUCAGAAACCUUUGCAUGGUCUGCGAAACUACAUGCCCGACUACAAUGUUCGUAUCCAUUUGGGGCGUUUUGCUUCUUUAAUGGAGCGGGCCAUCGCGUUUUUAAGAGGUCGAGGCACGUUAUGGAAUGUAAAUUCUUCUUUAACUCUGUUUAAGCAAAGUUUGAGGUUUAGCAAGCUUGUUCAUGACGGGAAUACCACAUCUUUUGGUUCUUUUGAGGAGAGGCAUCAAUAUCGUUUUGUUUCUUUGGUGCCUAAAAACUUUACAAACGUCAUAAAUAACAUUUCUCUUCGUCGUAUUUUUUACCUGCAUGAGACCCCUGUUGAAAUUCAUCGCUUUCGCGGCCGAACUCAUAGACCGCCAAAUUACUCCAUUACGGCCGAUCAAUGCCGUCGUUUGAUACAUCUAAGUCCUGAACUUUCGACAAGUUUUAACACGGCCAUUUGCCGUUACGGUAUGAGUUGUUUGUGCGAGUUUUUUGCUAAUGGACGCUACCCGCAACGUUCUCUUCACGAUAAGUGGCGAUUAAGCGGAGGACGGUGUGGUGGUGAGGAGAGUUGGCCGGUGUAUUGGAGGCGGCGACCAGAGGCAUUGCACACGGCUGUUCGUACACGUACGACGGAUGACUCUGAAGCUUCAUUUGACCUUAAUGAGGUGACGGAUUAUUUUUUCGAUGUGCGGGAGGAGCGGAAUCUUUCACAUUAUCUUUAUUUUUCCAAGGCGCAUCUGCUCGAGAGUUACCGCUUAGCAGAAUUUGGACUGCACUUGAAGGCCGAGAAGGAUAUUGUGAAGAGGCUGUUCGGUUAG